ACACACACACUCCCCUCCCCCAUCCCCCCUAACAAAUCCAGAUCAAAUAGACUGUUGUUAAUUUGAGCCCACCAAAAAAACAACUCACAUAACACCUCCACCUCUCCUCAAUCCUCCCUAUAAAUUCUCCCCACAAUUUCAUUUCCCUCAUUCUAUCCAAAUCCAAUCCUUAUUUUUCCUCAGAUCCCCAUUUUCUCUCUCCUAAGUCCUACCCAUGGACGAGGAAAAGGCGGAGAUUGCGGCAUCGCACCACCGCCACCCCCGGCGCGACACUUUAUCGACCGACACCGAUUUAUCGGCGUCUGUCGAGAAAGUAUUCUCUAGCAAACCAGUUCUUCCAUGGAAGCAACAGCUUACGGUUCGGGCUUUCGUAGUCAGCUUCAUUCUCAGCAUACUUUUCACUUUCAUCGUUAUGAAACUUAAUUUGACUACUGGUGUUAUUCCGUCGCUUAAUGUUUCUGCCGGAUUGUUGGGGUAUUUCUUUGUUAAAGUUUGGACUAAAUUUCUUGAGAAAUUUGGGGUUUUAAAGCAGCCUUUUACUCGCCAAGAGAAUACUGUUAUUCAAACAUGUGUCGUUGCCGCUUCUGGGAUUGCGUUUUCCGGAGGUUUUGGCAGUUACAUUCUUGGCAUGAGUGAAAGAAUUGCCAAGCAGGCAGACAGAGGCUAUCAACACGACUCCAAGAACCCGCAUCUUGGAUGGCUAAUUGGAUUCCUAUUUGUUGUUAGCUUUCUUGGUUUAUUUUCGGUUGUCCCUCUCCGUAAGAUUAUGGUUAUCGACUUCAAACUUACAUAUCCUAGUGGGACUGCUACUGCCUACCUUAUCAACAGCUUUCAUACUCCAAAAGGUGCUAUCUUAGCCAAGAAGCAGGUGGAGGCAUUAGGCAAGUUUUUCUCAUUCAGCUUUUUGUGGGGCUUCUUUCAGUGGUUCUUCACAGGAGGAACGGACUGCGGAUUUGUAGCUUUUCCAACUUUUGGUCUGAAAGCCUAUGACAACAAGUUUUACUUUGAUUUCUCAGCUCUUUAUGUAGGUGUGGGUAUGAUAUGCCCGUAUCUUAUCAAUAUAUCUUUGCUACUUGGAGCUAUUUUAUCAUGGGGUAUCAUGUGGCCCCUUAUAGAGACAAGGAAGGGUCACUGGUUUGAUGCAAGCCUUACCAAUACUGUUCACGGUUUGCAAGGUUACCAGAUAUUUGUAGCCAUAGCCAUCAUCCUUGGUGAUGGACUCUACAACUUUGUUAAAGUAUUUGGGCACACAAUUUUCGGUUUGUACAAGCAAUUUCAGACAAAGGAUUCAGGUGCUAUUCUUCCUUCUGAUGAACACCCAAACCCUGAAGUCUCUGCAUCACAAUCAUUUGAUGAACAACGAAGAACUCAUUAUUUUCUCAAGGACCGAAUUCCAACCUGGUUUGCAGCAAGUGGCUAUGUUAUCAUCGCUGUCAUAUCAAUCAUCACACUUCCUCACAUCUUUCAUAGUCUUAAGUGGUACCAUGUCCUAGUCAUGUAUGUUAUUGCACCAAUGUUGGCGUUCUGCAAUGCCUAUGGAUGUGGGCUCACUGACUGGUCCCUGGCAUCAACUUAUGGAAAACUAGCAAUCUUUGUCAUUGGUGCUUGGGCCGGUGCUUCUCAUGGUGGAGUUGUUGCUGGACUAGCAGCCUGUGGGGUCUUGAUGAACAUUGUUUCUACAGCAUCUGAUCUUUCUCAAGACUUUAAAACAGGUUAUAUGACACUAGCCUCUCCCAGGUCUAUGUUUGUAAGCCAAAUAAUAGGGACGGCAAUGGGUUGUGUUAUCUCUCCAUGCGUCUUCUGGCUUUUUUACAAUGCCUUUCCUGAUUUGGGUGAGCCAACAUCACAAUAUAAGGCACCAUAUGCUUCCAUCUACCACAACAUGGCCGUUCUUGGGGUUCAGGGUUUCGGCUCAUUGCCCAAAAAUUGCCUCAAAUUAUGCCUAAUAUUUUUUAUUGGAGCUAUGGCUAUUAAUGGGAUGAGAGACCUGUUGGGGAAGAAAUGGGCAAGAUUUAUACCGAUUCCAAUGGCUAUGGCUAUACCUUUCUACAUUGGAGGUUACUUUGCCAUUGACAUGUGUGUUGGAAGCUUGAUACUUUUCUUGUGGCAGCACAGUAAUAGAGCUAAUGCGGAUGCAUUUGGACCUGCAGUUGCUUCUGGGUUGAUCUGUGGGGAUGGAAUAUGGACUUUGCCGAGUUCUGUACUUGCAUUGGUUGGUGUUCAUCCACCCCUCUGCCUGCAGGUUGUUCGUAGGUUAAAAAAUUGAUGAUUUCUUCAGUAACCAGAAAGUCUUCAUCGGUGCAAAAGUGUUAUUGUAAUUUACAUGCCUAGUUAUACAACUUGUAGAUUCUUGUAAGCUAUUUCAAAUCUGAAUAUUAUUGAUGUUAGACUUUAUUUGUAGCUCAGUGUUAAAACAACAGCCAUAUAUACAGUAAAAUCUCUUUGAAAGUAUCA